AGAGGGGAGGGAGCUGACGCGCUGGGCCAGCCUCUAUAUAAAGUGAUGAGUCGAGUCUUCAGCUGUUAGUGUUGUUCUUGCUCCUGAUCAUCACUAACUUUUCUGCGGUUUACUGAAGAUCAACUUUUCCUGCGACGCUUCGUCUUUGAAUCAAGAGACAUGGAAUUAACGAUCACUAUGCUGACCGGGCAGUCCGUCACACUGACGGUGAACCCCCAGGAGACGGUGGGCUACCUGAAGCAGGUCGUCCAGCAGAAACUGCAGGUGCCCGUUCAGAAGCAGCGGCUGCUGUUCGACAACGGCCAGCGGACUGACCUGAACGACGACCUGCGUCCCGUGGGCUCCUACGGGCUGCACUCCGGCUCCAGGCUGUCUCUGCUGGUGAUCGAGCCGGCCCCCGUGCAGGUGUUCGAGCCGGCCCCCGUGCAGGUGUUCCUGAGGAAUGAGAAGAACGUGCUGACCACCUACGAAAUCACACCCGAGGAGACCGUGAGCGACUUCAAGCGCAGGGUCAAGGCCAGGGAGGGAGUGCCGGAGUCGCAGCAGAGGCUGGUGUACCAGGGCACGGAGAUGAGCAACGACAAAGCCAAACUGUCAGACUACAACGUGAAGGCCCUGGGCACCAUCGAACUGUUAAUGCGUCUGAGAGGAGGAAACUGAUCAUCAUCUGAUCAUCUUCUCAUCAUCACAUAGCCUUAAACACAGUGCUUCCUAGUUGUUUUUUAUUUUAACAACACAUUCCAACUUUUACAUGAGAAUCCAUACAUUCUUUUUUUUGCUUCCUUUUUUGGGGGGGGGGG